AUGUCUUAUCCGAAAGGUAGCCGAGAAAUAUCAGAUCGCGCAUCAAAGAGGCGCAAAAGAUCAUUUUCGGGUAAUCAGUUUACUAAAAAAAGUGAUAAAAGUGAAGAAGGAAGUACCAGUGCGAGCAGCAAAAAAAUUUCAGCAAGCAAUGUCUCCGAUAUUCCAUGGAAUCCUUUACACCAUUAUCGCAUAAUCGAAUGGUACACUGUUUUUGCAACUUUUUCACAGAUGGUUCUUUGUCGCGAGUGCAAACAAACUUUGACCUUUGAAGAAGGUGCACAUCGAAGCCUCGGAUUUAAAUUAAUUUUGAUGUGCCGUUGCGGGCGAAGAAAUAUUAACUCAGGCCCUUUAAUUAACACUGGAUAUGAAGUGAAUCGACGAAUUGUUUUCGUAAUGCGACUUUUAGGCCUCGGUAGAGAAGGCAUCAAUUUAUUUUGUAAUAUAAUGGACAUCUGCAACGGUUUAAACGAGAGCACGUAUAAUAAUAUCAUCAUGCAUAUUCAUUCGGUUGUAACCUCAGUCUUUGAACGCCUAAGCAAGAAAGCUGUGGACCAAGAAAAGAAAGUGAAUGAACAAAAUGAUCGGCCAAUUUUUAAUUUGAAAGUAUCCGGCGAUGGUUCUUGGAAGAGACGUGGCUUUAAGUCAUUAUAUGGUGUAACUACGCUUAUAGGUUAUUAUUCCGGUGAAGUUAUCGAUUUCGUAGUUAAAAGCAGUUACUGUCAAGCUUGUACAGCUUGGAAAAGUAAGCAAGACGAUCCAUGUUAUGAAGAAUGGUUUGAACAACACGAGGAGGAAUGCGCAAAAAAUCAUACCGGGUCAGCAGGCAAGAUGGAAGUUGAUGCAAUGAAAGAAAUGUUUUUAAGAUCAGAGGAGAAAUUCGGCGUGAAGUACAGAAAUUAUAUCGGGGAUGGAGAUUCUAAAACGUAUAAAGCGAUAUUAGAUAUAAAUCCGUAUCGUGACGAUUUUCCAGUUAGCAAAAGUGAGUUCGUCGGACAUGUGGAGAAGAGAAUGAGCACACGACUCCGAAACAUAAUAAUAAAGGAAAAGCUCGGUGGCAAAGGGAAAUUAACUGACACUUUAAUAAAAAAGCUUACAACAUAUUAUGGAUUAGCCAUUCGAAGAAAUUCACACAAUGUAGCUGAUAUGAAAAGAGAAGUAAUGGCUACUUUUUACCACUUAUGCUCGACUAACGAAAAACCACAACACGAGCACUGCCCACCAGGCGAAGAUAGCUGGUGUAAGUGGCAAAAAGGAAUAACGACAGGAGUCAAUAUGAAAUUAUUCGAGCAUCCCCCUCCUCUUGACAAAGAAGUUGCUAAAUUUGUGUUGCCAAUAUACGAGGAUUUGUCAAAGGAAGAUUUAUUAAGUAGAUGUUUAGACGGUCACACGCAAAAUGCUAAUGAAAGCUUUAACGCAACAGUCUGGCGUUUGACCCCUAAACAUCUUAAUUCCGGACGUAAAAUAGUCGAAAUUGCUGCGUAUAUAGCUGCUGCUAUUUUCAAUGAAGGCUACGUAGCAGUUUUGCAGAUUAUGGCAGAGCUGGAAUUAAGGGUAGGCAGUCAAAGCAAAAAGUACGCCAAAGAAGUAGACGACCGCCGGCUGAAUCGUCAGGGGCGACGCAGCUACCUGUUAACAAACGCAGCCCGAAAAGCGAGAAAAGAUCAGCUUGCUAAAGAAAAUGAGUAUUUCGAGGACGAGGAAGGAGUAUUUUAUGGCCCUGGAAUUGCUAAUUAGUCGAAGCUUACAGAGGACGCUACAAGUCACACCCGCACACGAGUUUUUUCCCCUGCGCCU